AUGUAAUGUAAAUCGAGGCUUAAAAAUUAAAAUAAAAAAUGCAUUGUCUGUUAUUACUUGGGAUUGGAACCAUUUCAUUUGCGUAUGCCGAUCUAUUGGUCGAUCUUCCAGAUGGCACGAUCCUUGGACGAGAAAUUAAAUCCGGAGUCUACAGUUACUACGCCUAUCGGGGAAUUCCAUAUGCGACCCCUCCGCUAGGGAAUUUUAGAUUCCAGGCACCGAUACCGAAUAAGCCAUGGGAAGGCACACUGGAAGCUACCGAACACAGAAGUUGCUGUAUUGCGAUGACCAUAUUUACCGAAUUAACAAAACAAAGCGAAGAUUGUUUAUUUCUCAAUGUUUACACUCCUGCGAGAAAAAUUACAGAGAAAUUACCUGUCAUGUUCUGGAUACACGGGGGAGGAUUUAAGGCAGGAUGUGGAAAUGAUGAUCUGUAUGAUCCGUAUGCACUGACGAAUGAAGACGUUAUUGUGAUCACGAUUAAUUAUCGUUUAGGAAUAUUUGGUUUUUUGUCUACCGAGGACAAUGUUAUUUUGGGCAACGCGGGAUUAAAAGAUCAGCUAUUGGCUAUGAAAUGGACACAAAAAAAUAUCGAGUUCUUCGGUGGAGAUCCAAAGAAGGUUACCAUAUUCGGUGAGAGUGCUGGCGGUAUGUCUGUUGGGGCACACAUAGUGAGCGAGAAAUCGUCUGGGUUAUAUAGAGCCGCUAUUUGUCAGAGCGGCUGUUCGUUGACGAAAACGAGUUUCACAUCUCAAAGUAAUCCCAGAAAAGCAGCUUACGAAAUCGCCAGGGCCAUAGAUCUCAUGAUUUCCGAACACAACACGACGAUAGAAAUUCGAGACUUUUUUCUAAAUCAGUCAGCUAAUGUUCUCACGGAAGCUUUUAAUGUAAAUUCGGAAUCAGGACCGGUAAUUGAAGUGGAACAUAAAGACGCCUAUAUGAGUCAACUAAGUUACGACCUCGUGAAACGUGGCAACAUCAAUCGAGUUCCACUGAUUAUAGGAACAACAUCGGAAGAAUCAGUUACAGUUCUGCGAAUGAUUCCUGGAAUUCUUGCACUUUUCUCCUUGGGUUAUGAUAUGAAUCCAAGAAUAAUAAUACCGCCAAACCUGAAGCCAAAACCUGGUACAAAUUUGGACCUACUUGCGAGUAAAAUCAAAAGUGUAUACGCUGGUAACGGGACAUUCCUAGGAAACACCUCUACAUUUAUUGAGUAUGCGAGCGAUACCUUGUUCAUGAGAUCCACCAUAAAGCAAGUUGAGCUUCAAUCCAAGUACACCCCUGUGUAUUUUUAUGAAUUCUCGUAUUUCGGAGCCGUAAGCCAUGGCAUAGUAGAAGGUGUCGGUAAAGUAGGACAUGGUGAAGAUGUGUACUAUCUUUUCAAUACGACUGGACAUGAAUUGACUACGAGAGGAGAGUUUUUAAUUAGACGGAAAAUGGCCAGGCUGUGGACCAACUUCGCGAAGACUCUAAACCCCACCCCGAAUCCAGCGGAUAGCUUGCUCAAAGUAAGAUGGCCUCGAGUGUCUAGACUCAAUAUGCCAUAUCUAGAUAUAGGCGAGGCUAUUCAAGUUAAAUACGGUAAAAAAAAGAAAGAAAUGGCAAUGUGGAAUGAGGUAUAUUACGUAUAUGGACAGCAACCUUUUGACGGAUUCUAAUUACAUGGAAAUACAGACACACCAUCAUUAUAAUUAUAUUAUAUGUUUCAAUAA